AUGGAGGUGGUGAGGUCCAUGGAGUCGAGCGAGCGAGCGUUGUCGUCACAGCGCGUCCUGGAGAAAGUGAAGGCCACGACCGGGGUCUGCUGCCGCUGGGACAGGAAGUGGAGCAGCGUCAGCCACACAGAGCGGUCCUGGGCAGAGACAGAGGCCGAGACAGAGGCUGAGACAGAGGCAGAGACAGAGGCAGAGACAGAGGCUGAGACAGAGGCUGAGACAGAGGCUGAGACAGAGACAGAGGCAGAGACAGAGGCCGAGACAGAGGCCGGGACAGAGGCCGAGACAGAGGCCGAGACAGAGGCAGAGACAGAGGCAGAGACAGAGGCUGAGACAGAGGCUGAGACAGAGACAGAGGCCGGGACAGAGGCCGAGACAGAGGCCGAGACAGAGGCAGAGACAGAGGCUGAGACAGAGGCAGAGACAGAGGCUGAGACAGAGGCUGAGACAGAGGCUGAGACAGAGGCUGAGACAGAGACAGAGGCAGAGACAGAGGCCGAGACAGAGGCCGAGACAGAGGCCGAGACAGAGGCCGAGACAGAGGCCGAGACAGAGGCAGAGACAGAGGCCGAGACAGAGGCAGAGACAGAGGCUGAGACAGAGGCUGAGACAGAGACAGAGGCAGAGACAGAGGCCGAGACAGAGGCCGAGACAGAGGCCGAGACAGAGGCCGAGACAGAGGCCGAGACAGAGGCCGAGACAGAGGCCGAGACAGAGGCCGAGACAGAGGCAGAGACAGAGGCUGAGACAGAGGCUGAGACAGAGACAGAGGCCGGGACAGAGGCCGAGACAGAGGCCGAGACAGAGGCAGAGACAGAGGCUGAGACAGAGGCUGAGACAGAGACAGAGGCCGGGACAGAGACCGAGACAGAGGCCGAGACAGAGGCAGAGACAGAGGCUGAGACAGAGGCUGAGACAGAGACAGAGGCCGGGACAGAGGCCGAGACAGAGGCCGAGACAGAGGCAGAGACAGAGGCUGAGACAGAGGCUGAGACAGAGACAGAGGCCGGGACAGAGGCCGAGACAGAGGCCGAGACAGAGGCCGAGACAGAGGCCGAGACAGAGGCAGAGACAGAGGCUGAGACAGAGGCUGAGACAGAGACAGAGGCCGGGACAGAGGCCGAGACAGAGGCCGAGACAGAGGCCGAGACAGAGGCCGAGACAGAGGCAGAGACAGAGGCAGAGACAGAGGCCGAGACAGAGGCCGGGACAGAGGCAGAGACAGAGGCCGGGACAGAGGCCAGGACAGAGGCUGAGACAGAGGCCGAGACAGAGGCCGAGACAGAGGCCGAGACAGAGGCCGAGACAGAGGCCGAGACAGAGGCCGAGACAGAGGCCGAGACAGAGGCCGAGACAGAGGCUGAGACAGAGGCUGAGACAGAGACAGAGGCCGGGACAGAGGCCGAGACAGAGGCCGAGACAGAGGCCGAGACAGAGGCCGAGACAGAGGCAGAGACAGAGGCAGAGACAGAGGCCGAGACAGAGGCCGGGACAGAGGCAGAGACAGAGGCCGGGACAGAGGCCAGGACAGAGGCUGAGACAGAGGCCGAGACAGAGGCCGAGACAGAGGCCGAGACAGAGGCCGAGACAGAGGCCGAGACAGAGGCCGAGACAGAGGCCGAGACAGAGGCCGAGACAGAGGCCGAGACAGAGGCCGAGACAGAGGCAGAGACAGAGGCCGAGACAGAGGCCGAGACAGAGGCCGAGACAGAGGCCGAGACAGAGGCCGAGACAGAGGCCGAGACAGAGGCCGAGACAGAGGCCGAGACAGAGGCCGGACAUUCGUUAUAG